AUGGACAGUGGAGAUGAUUUUUUCUUCCACCACUUUAUUGAUUCAUCGGACGAUUCAUCCUCGGAUGACGAAGAUCUUGUGGUGGCUGCACUGGUUGUUCAUGACCACAUUGAACGGCAGCUUCCUCGGUACAGGGGGUCAGUCCCUGACCGUGCUCCCAACUUGGACCGCAACAGAGAGAGAGGCCACGCCCUGCUCUAUGUCGAUUACUUUGCGAACACCCCGCUCUUCAUGCCGGAUAAAUUCCGUCGCCGUUUUCGUAUGGCAAGGCAUCUGUUCAAUCGUAUCCGAGAGGGAGUGGUUGCUCAUGACCCAUACUUCGAGUGCAAGAUGGAUGCCCUUGGCAAGCAUGGAUUCUCCUCUUAUCAGAAAUGCACCGCGGCCAUCCGCAUGCUUGCAUAUGGAAUUCCAGGCGAUCUGGUGGAUGAGUAUGUGCAUAUGAGUGAGUCCACAUGUCUGCUGUCACUGUACAACUUCUGCAAGGCCGUGGUGGCAGUGUUUGGCCCUGAGUACUUGAGGCAGCCAAAUGCCGCUGAUACAGAAAGGUUGUUGGCGACCAACGCAACUAGAGGCUCUGGAGUUGCCCUUAGGGAUUCAUCUCACUGGAUCCUCUGCUCUCCUCCCUCCCGAGCUGUCUCGUCGCCGCCGAGGACAACAACAGUCAACGUCUGUGAGCAGACUGCCCUUGCUAAGUUGCUAGAUCUCUCUCCCCUCUGGAAAUUGUGGAAACUUCAAGUAUUUUGA